CUGAGUAGUGUUGGGUUGUUAGUUUCCGUGAUUAACAUUUGCCAAACCUAAGGGCCAUCACCUGAUUGUUUCUAUGUGAUCGGCCGUGGACAAACCAGAGUGGCUCUUGGUAUCUGUAUCUGUUCCACCAUGCCUAUUGGAAGAAGUGCCAAAAUGGUGCAAUACGUGGAUUACAGGAUGCGCUGUGUUCUUCAGGAUAGCCGUGUCUUCAUUGGAACUUUAAAAGCCUUUGAUCGGCAUAUGAACUUAAUUCUUUGUGACUGUGAUGAAUUCAGAAGGUUGAAAUCAAAGAACGCCAAACAGGGCGAAAGGGAAGAAAAGAGGGCUCUUGGUCUCGUGUUGCUUCGAGGGGAAACACUUGUAACGAUGACUGUAGAAGGACCUCCUGUGAGAGAGGUUGGCAUUUCCAGAGUUACAGUUGGUGGUCCUGGUGUUGGUAGAGCAGCAGGGAGAGGAAUACCGGUCAGUAUAUCGAUGAUUCAAGUACCUGCAGGUCUAGCUGGACCAGUAAGGGGGGUUGGAGGUCCUUCACAAGAGUUGAUGACGCCUCUGGCUAGAGAACCUGGAGAUGCAUCUGCUCCUAGCUUUUCUGCUCCCCCUCAACCCCGCAUACCAAUGAGAGGUGCCCCACCUCUUGCGAAUCUUGGAGAAGCAAGGCCAGGCUUUAUGGGACCACCACCUCCUGGCAUGAGAUCUCCAUUUGGACUCUCAAUGGCAAUGCCUUCUGCCAGAGGAGUUCCCAUGGGAAUUCCACCAGGAAUUAGACCACCAACGUUACCGAAGAUGAGAGGUCUUCCUGGAUCUCAAACAAAUCCUCCAAGGCCUUAGAAGAACCUUGAAGGACUUCUUCAUUAGGCUUUAUAGUAAUUACAAACUCCUUUGGAGCAUUUUACUGUGAACUGAAGAGUUCAUGGGGGAAAAACAUUAUUUUCAUUCAGCCCUCACGUAUGUGAGGAAGAGCUUUUGCAAUGAGGAAGAAUCCCCUCUGGACAAAAAUGUAUUUGCCACCACAGGGAGUCCGAUUAGCUUCCCUUUUUGUCUUUCAAAUCAAUCAACACCUUCCUGUUUAAAUCGUACUUUAGUUUUUCAUUGAUCAACAACAGGCUUCUGUCUUAAUUUUGGGCAAAACAAAAACAAAAGUCCAAGUUUGACUUUUUAAAAAUAAGGUGUUUACUGAUUGGGGGGGCAAACAGUCGCUACAGGUGUUCAUGUAUGCUGUUUCCAAGCAGACAUAAGAGUAUUAUUUUCUGUUUAAACUCAGUGAUUUAUCAGAUUAGUAGAAUGGGCCAAUUUAGUCAGGGACCACCAGAGUUUGUAAGAAACCUUGGACCUGAUGUUCAAGGGUCCAGUUUUAAUUUAAAACUGCUCUGAAGUACAAACCAGGAAGAUGCAAGGUUCCACCUCCAAACUCAGGCAGCUUCUCUAAGAAAUGGUAGGAGUGCUUGAAUUAGUUUCAAUAUAUCUUGGUUAAUUGGUGUUCUUAUUCUUGGUUUCCUAUUGUAUCUGCUGUGGAAUUAAACUACAAUAUGCUUA